UAGAAUGGGUGUAUGUGUAAAAGAAAUAUUGAAAACAAAUUAAAUUAUAAUGAAAAUUACUCCGCAAGUGCAUAAGUGAUGCUCAAAAAUGGCUGCAGCUAACGAUGAAGAAAUACUAGAGGGCUUCCUUUGCCCGAUCUGCAAGGCAGACUUAAAAUCAGCGUCCCAACUUACAAGUCAUUUCGAAAGCCUCCAUCAAGAAGAACAGGAUGUAUUAAAGUCCCUAAAGGAUAUAUUUGGUAAAGCGAAGAAGGUCAUAUUGAACGCUGAUGAUACCAAUUUGAAAGAAACCUUCGAUCGUGCCUUAAAGUUUAAUUCCCAAGAGUACUAUCCGUAUGAGGAGCAGACUAUUGGUGUAUCGCGAAGUUCGAGCGAUUACUUUAAAGCGGUACGCUCAGCUAGAUUAGAGAGAUACGCGACUGAAACUAAUAAAUUAUUGAUAAGGUUAGAUAAAUUAGUGUUUAACAUGCCCAGCGAGCCUAACCAAAGGAAGCAACAUGAACAGGAAGUUGUACCAUGGUUAGAUGGAACAUCAGUGAAGUUGUGUCCCAACUGUGCUAAAGCAUUUAGUUUGACGAGGAGAAAACACCACUGCAGACUUUGUGGAUCCAUUCUAUGUCAUGACUGCUCUGUGUUUUUGGACUUGAAUGUAGCUAGAACAAUAGUUGAUCCAUCUGCACCCCAAACAUCACAGGAGCAUGAAGUAAAUGAGAAAAAUGGUUUACGUCUUUGCGAGCACUGCUACAAACUAGUACAGCUGCGUAAACAGGUGCAAGAGAACAGAAAUGCUAAAACUGGGCUUAUGACCACUUAUGAACAGAUGCGGAGUCUGAUGGACCAGGCUCAACCAGCCGUUGCUAUGUAUGAAAAGAUGUGUCAAAGUUUAUUCGACGGAGAAACAACCUAUAACCUAUCAGAUGUGAACGCAAUGCGUGGACGCAUCGGUAAGUUGGCCGAGGGUAUUGAUUUGUUGAGCAAGCAAGUUUUGGGCUUCCCCGCUGAGCCCAAUACCAGGCAGGCCAAGGUGCAACAGCAUAUUAGUCAAGCUGCAGCAUACUAUAUUAAGGACCAACUCCUAUCAUUACGAAAGUUACCAACGGAAGCGCAAAUAGAAGAGGUCAGAAGACAACGCUACGAACGCGCGCAGAAACAAAUACAAUUGGAAAGAGAGAGAGUAGAGUUGGAAAGGGAGUGGAGGAGUGAGGCCGAGUCUAGCGGUUCUCGCACCAAUGGUCCCAAGCAUGACGAUGAUAAUCCCUUGCUCGAACAGAUGAAUAUUAUAAGAGAAUACAUUAAAGAGGCAAGAAAGGAGCUUAGAUUUGAGGAGGUGGCGAUAUUAGAAACGAAUCUUAAGGAACUCAAGAAGGAAUAUCAACUUCAAAUGCUCUCAUACAAAUCCUAGUCAAUUCCAUUUCAUAUGAAUAAUAUUUUAUUUGUAAUAUAUUGUAAGCACGUUUUGUAUUUAAAGCAGUUAUAGUUAUUGUUACAACGUAAUAAUAUAAGAUAAUAUAUUUAAUACUUUCCUUCUCUUGUAAAUUGAAGAAUAAAGAGCUGAAAGUGUA